AUGUGGACAAGGGAACUUUUAGAAGACCAAUAUGUAGGCGUUUGGGAGAGCAUUUUUCACCUUUUGUUCGGUGAGAAAGACGUUGGGAUAUGAACGUACGUAUGUUGGAGAUGGAAUGAAACAGUUCAUGUGGAUACAUGUUUUAUUUGGUGCUGACUUCAUUAUUUUUACUCAGGGGUGAGCCAGGUCUCAUUGAGAGCAAGCAGGACAGGCAGAAAGCUGAGUGGGAUUUUGCUUUAAAUGACUAUAACUUGAGAGGCAGGGAAGUUGACCUCUUAUUCCAAUGCAAGACGACAGUUCUAAGGAGGAAAGAAUGUCGGCAUAACCUCGCUGUAUUCGAAGCCAAGCCAUCAGCCGCAAAUGACAACACGCUUUCCAUCCAGACACUGAAAGCAACUCGCUUAAAUAAAUCCAUUAUGAGUGCUUUGCAUCAACAAUACGGUGUGGAUACAUCUUCCGUUCUUCUAACUUUGCAUGGCUUUGUUGGCUAUACUUAUACAGUCAAGAGAUUUAACGGUUAUUAUGCUGCUGGAAAGGUGACCGAGAUCCCCAUUGUAUUACCAACCUCAGAAAAUGAAAUGUACUCGUUCAUUGCAGAAGAGGAGGAUGCAAGUGUUUUCUCAGGUUGUCUUCAACAAAGUAUAUGCUUGUCAGCUUAAGGAAAAGACGAAAGAAAACGCAGUCAACGACGACAUGGCAACAUUUUGGACCCCAACAAAAAAAAAAAACAAAUUAAAUUAUAACA